AGCCUAGCGAAUGCGAUUCGGAGCCUCGAAGUGCAGUGCAGGGUGAAAGAGAUUCCAAGGGGCUGGUCGAAUGGAGGAGCAAUGAACGGCUUUGGGGAUCAUUUAUAUAGCAGAAAUGACUUUGACCCUUUACACUGCUCCGACCCCUAAUGGCCACAAAGUCUCCAUAGCGCUUGAGGCUCUCAAAGAAUUGUACCCCGAUGGAGGACUGAGCUACGAUUUCAAUAAACUGGACUUCAGUAAACUGGAACAGAAAGAACCAUGGUACCUUCAAAUAAACCCGAAUGAUCGAAUUCCGGCAGUGACCCACCACCACCCAGACGGAUCGCACUUUAACGUUUUCGAAACAGCCGCCAUACUUCUUUAUCUCGUUCAGCGAUGGGAUCCAGAGAGAAAGAUCAGUUUUGAGAUCGGAUCGGAUGAGGAAUCUGAAGCUCUUCAGUGGAUAUUCUUUGCUCAUGGUGGUGUUGGUCCGAUGCAAGGUCAAGCGAAUCACUUCUACCGCUACGCACCCGAAAAAAUCCCCUAUGGUAUAAACCGCUACCAUCUCUUUUCUGGGAAAUCAAUCCACUCAGGUUACAUAACCGAAACGAAACGCCUUUAUAGCGUCCUCGAGGCCAGGUUGACCCAAGGUGAAGGUCGAGACUAUCUAGUUGGAUCUGGGAAGGGAAGUAUUCUAUUGCUGAUAUCAACGUUUGGCCCUGGUACGUCCAACUCUGCUUGUCAUCCUCAUCCUCAAGGAGUCAAUAGCGUUAACUAAUUGUUGAAAAUUGGAAUAGGAUCAAAGCCUGGGCAUGGUCGGGCGUCGAUAGCCUCGAUGAUUUCCCUAACCUCACUAAAUGGCUCGAUAGAAUUGCCAACAGUCCAGGUGUUCAGGCAGGCCUUAACGUGCCUGAGAAACG